AUUGCUUUUGUUAUAUUUAUAUCCCACAGGCCCUGUAGGUCAUCUGCCUGGGUCUGAAGCAGGAAUGCCCUUCUGUGCCCUCAUUUCUAUAAAUAGUCUGACAAAUUUAACGUCGCAACAGUUGCGUUGCAGGCCGGCAAGACCCGCGCUCUCAGGCUGAGGCGGUUACUGUGCUGUGGCAGUGCGUCUCACACGCUCUCUCAGCUCCAGGGAAUUCCUUCCGGCGACCGUGGCGGGGUGAAGGACAUGGGCGAGGCGAUCGGCCAGAAGUCAGAAGCCGCAAAGAGGCUGAAAGAGCGGUUCCUGCAGGCGCUCCAGCACGACGACGCGGAGGAGGUGCAGAAGAUCCUGUACUCCACCAACAUAGACAUUGACACCGUGUUCGAGGUGGAGGACAGGAGCAUGAUCCUGGCGUCGUACAAGCAAGGUUACUGGUUGCCUGGAUACAAGCUGGAGUCCUCUUGGGCUAUGGGCCUCCACGUUUGUGUGAUGUAUAACUCCCUGGCGAGCGCCUUGGUGCUCCUGGAGAGAGGGGCGGCGGUCAACCGGAAGCCCAACGGGAAGACCCCCCUGCACGUGGCGUGUGAGGUGUCUAACGCUGACUUCGUCACCCUCCUGCUGAACCACGGAGCCAGGGUCAACAGCGUGUCUCUGAGCGGGCACGCGCCUCUACACUACUGCACCACCAAGGAGUCUGUGGACUGCGCCAAACAGCUCAUUCUUAAAGGAGCGCAGGUGAACAAACGGAGCGACAACAACGACGAGGACACGCCCCUGCACACCGCGGCGCGGUUCGGCCUCCCGGAGCACAUCGCCCUGUACGUCCGCCACGGCGCCCACCUGGACGCGCCGAACGCGCGCUCCGAGACGCCGCUGAUCGUGACGGCCUUCUGGGCGCUCAGCCUCCGCGAGCAGCUCUACAGCCCCGACCACCACCUGGUCUGCCGCAUGCUGCUGGACUUCGGCGCCGUCGUCGACCUGCAGGAGGAGGACUACAAGACCGCCCUGCACAAGGCCGCCUGGAACUGCGACCGCGCGCUCAUGCAGAUCCUGCUGGAGUCGGGGGCCGACGCCCGCGUCAUGGACAUCAACGGCUGCGCGCCCAUCCAGUACGUCCUCAAGGUGACGCAAGUGAGGCCCAUGGGGGAGCCGGAGGUCUGCUACCAGCUGCUGCUCAAUCACGGCGCGGCGAGGAUAUACCCCCCACAGUUCCACAAGGUGUUGUAUGCCUGUUAUCAGUGUCCUCGGGCUGUGGAAAUACUGAUAAACUCAUACGAACAUAUCAAAGCCACAAGGAAAUGGAGAAUGGCUAUUCCUGAAAGCACAUACCAGCAACACCGUGAUUUCUAUGACUCUGUAUUUGCUGUGUGCAGCAACACACCACGCACUCUGCUGCAUUUGGCCAGAUGUGCAAUUCGGGCACAUAUGUCCAACAGAUGCCACCGCGGGAUCAAAACACUGCCCGUUCCACAUUCAAUGGAGAGAUACUUACUGCUGGAACCAGAAGGAAUCAUUUAUUGAGGUUAAGAAAAACAUUGUCAACUCUGAACAUUCAUAAAAAGCACUUAAAGAACCUUAACUUUCUCACCAUGUAAUACAAAAAGAACACUCAUUUUAAAGAUGGGCUUUUAUCCAUACAAGGUAAGUGUAAUUAAACAAAAGACCUGAAAUUCAGUAAUAACAGUGUAAACCUGGAUCCAUAUCAGAGGUAUUGGUCUGGUAUAAUGUGGCUGAGUAAUAUUGCAGAAUACACUCACAGCACUUAAGGGACACAGCAUGAAUAGGCAAAGGUGUCUCAGCAUUCAAUUCUUUGUUAGCAUUAGAUUAAAAAUGGCACCGUUAGCACUUAAAUGUCAUCUUUUCACUCAUAAGAACUCAAAUGAGUUCACACUGAGGUGAAGUCCUUUAUUUAACAUAAUAGUAACAUUACAAAAUGGAAGUCUCGCACUCUAGGUUGAAGGCAUACGAAAUACAAAAUUGAAUUGCCUUUUUAAAGUUGUCCAGAAAUUUCUUAGGUUAAAACUUUUUAUGACAUGAAAAUAAAAACUAAUGAGAGAGAUUGCUUUAUAUUACUGCAUUAUUGUUGAAGGCUGGUUCACCUUGUCUGAAAUAUAAUUAUGGUCCAAGAUUAAUAGAACCACCUGUAAAGCUAACUCUUUGACUGAUCUUUCCUUUCAGGAUUUGAAAUGUCAGAUACUCUUGAACAAUUUACUCAAUUUCCAUUGCCAAUGUAAUACUUUUCAUUAGUAGACUUUUGUUUGCCUUUUUUACAGACAGACAAAUGUCUAGUGGUCAGCCUUAUUUUUUUUAUGCUACAGUUGUAAAUAUCAACUGGGAAACUAAUAAAAAAAAAAAAAGAUGCCAUCAAAAACUGCACACGAUAGAUGCAAUAACUGUGGUACAUAUAGCAAAUGUGUGGUCAGGAGAUCAUAAAUUUAAAUGGCUGUAGAAUCGUAGUCUAUAUAAUUCCUUUAGACGAUGACUUCACAUCUUUUUUCAGUAUAUUGUCAGAGAAGAGCAGGGACGUUCCUGCGGUCUGGAGCUCCUCGCAGGUUCUUUGGGUUCUGCUCAUGUACCAUGGUUCCAUUGGUUCUCAGCGGGAUUUAAGUCAGAUGAAGCCAAUGGCCGACUCCAUCCUACUCAAGCUCCGCCUCCACACUGUCAUAGAAACUAGCGCCGUUAUCCUGCUGUCUUGCGCUUAAAAGAGGUUGCAAACCAAGGGGUCAGGUGGUGGGGGACGGAUUUAAAAAAAUAAAUCAAAAAGUAAAUAUUCAAAUAUAAGCCACUGCUCAGAACUGCUACAGUACGCGUUUCUCUGUAAUUAUUUUUGGUUCCCAGGAUAGGAAUUAUUUGUAAAUGGCAAUAAAGUCUGUCAAUAAAGACUCUUCUGCUUU